UGAUGAAGCAACUUUGGCGAAGGAAGCGAGAAAGGGCGCUAUCUUUCUAGCUAAGCUAGGGCAAAGCUUGGCGCAAAGCACAUGCUGAACAGCAUCAAAAACUGGUAAAGCCAAGUGGAAAAGUGUGGCUACCAAGCAAGAAAAAGGAGGAAAAGUGCAAAUUGGAUUUAUUGUAUGACCGACAAAAACCAGGGGCAGCCGCUUUGCUGGAAUAGAUGGGCAAGCAUGGUUCCUGACACUGACGCCCUGUCAGACCAGCCGUCAGAAUUCACUCCAGGGAUCGUAACCACAGAGACAAGCCCCUUUGCCGUAAUCAAAAGGCAGGUCCGCUCAAGUCUGCUCUCAUCAGGAGCUUUACCAACAGGGGGCAUUCACUCAAGCGGGGGCGCACUUUCGGGGCCAACUACAAAGACUUUAGUGAAAGAUUUCCAAAUCGGCAUCGUUGCUGAACCCCGGUGGGAGGUGCGUGAGCCGGAGAUCAUCGUGAUUGAGGACUUUGAGGAUGGGGCCGCGCCUCCGCUGACAUCAAAGAUGACAUCAGCGGGCACGUCGCUGGAGGUUGGGUCUGGUAAUGGGACCAGACAACAGUAUGGGAUGCAGGAUGGAGGAAGCAGCGCAGACUUGCGAGCGGGGCCCUACAGAGCUGGCUGUUUACCAGAUGGAACAGCUGCAGAAGUGGAAGACCUUUCACCUCAGCCAAUUGCAGGGCCCCAGGACACGGUUGAGAGACUUUUGGAAGCGGCGCGCGUGCUCGAGCGCGCUUUCUCUGGGAUGGGGGACGGCGACGCGCGGUGCAUUGAUGGGAGAAUACAGGGCCCACAGCUGUCUGACCCGGUCGUCGUUCACAGCUCAGGUGGUUUGGUUAACCCAGAGGGGUUUAUAGGGUUUGGGGUUGCUUUGGGCAAGCCGGGAGGUUUGGAGCCUUCGAUGACGUUAAGCCGGGGCGUUCUGGAGCGGUUGCAGCGGGGCGACGAUGACAUCAGCUCGGGGACGAGCGGCAUCGGCACUCCCAGCUCAGGAGAGUCAGAACCAGAGCUCGAACCACUCUCUGCCGGCCCCGCCCCUUCCUACCAGCUGCCCAGCACGCUAGGCGCGGGCGCCGUAAACCCUAACCGCCCCCCCGCUAAGCUGCGCCACGCGAGCGCCCCCGCAUUCUCGAUCGCUUCCAACUUCAGAGCAGGAGCGGUGUUUGCUCAGGCGAGUGUCGGUGAGGGGCCGGAAUCGGAGGAGCGUGUUGCGAGCGGGGCAGCCGCGUCUAGUUCUGUGGAAGCGGGAGGGCAUGUUCAUGCGCCGUGGCGGCCGCGUCGGCCCCCCCGCCCAUCUUCUGCCACAGUUACCAGGAGUCAGAGCCUGCGAGUGCUCAGUGAUACGUCUAGUGAUUCGGGCCAAAACUCCCCCAACCCGGAAACUUUCGGCGGCUUCGACGAGCUCCGUGAGGCGUCCCUCUCCCCGGACAUUCCACCCUUGUCUCCAACCCCGCCCUCAUACAUUCCCUCGGUCCGUUCUGGCGCCUUCGCCAGCAUCGGCUCCCGGCCCCAGAUGGAAGACGCGCACCUCACCCUCAAUGACAUCAGCGAGCUGCUAGGAUCGCGCCACCUGGCGCCCUCAGGGCCAGCCGCAUUCUUUGGCGUGUUUGACGGGCAUGGCGGCCGGGACGCGGCAGACUAUGCCGAGAAGCACUUGCUGGAGAAUUUGUUGGGGGAUGGGGGGUUUCCGGGAGACGUGCACGGGGCGCUUGUGCGGUCGUUUCUGCAGACGGACAAGGGGUUCCACCGCGCGUGUCUGGAUGAGAAGGUCGAGCACUCGGGGACGACGGCUCUCACAGCGCUCGUUUUUGGGAGGACGUUGGUGGUUGCAAACGCGGGUGACUGCCGUGCGGUGCUGUGCCAGAAGGGGCGGACGGUUGAGAUGUCGCGGGACCAGAAGCCAGGGUGUGAGGUCGAGAGAAAACGAAUCAUUGCAAAGGGGGGAUACGUGGAGGACGGGUAUUUGAACGGGCAACUAGGCGUGGCUCGCGCGAUCGGGAACUGGCACAUGGAGGACUUCAAAGUGAAGGGACAGCUGACGGCGGAGCCGGAAGUGAAGGUGUGGGAGCUGGGCCACGAGGACGAGUUCCUGAUUUUGGGCUGCGACGGACUAUGGGACGUCAUCAGCAGCCGCAUGGCCGUCGAUUUGGCGCGGAAACGGUUGCAGCAGCACAACGAUCCCGUGCGCUGCUCGCAAGAACUGGUGGAAGAGGCGCUCAAGCGGCAGACGAGCGACAACGUCACGGUGGUAACGAUCUGUUUCCAGAGGGAUCCCCCUCCGCGGCUGACCACGGCGGCGCCGGUGGGCGUGCGGCGGAGCAUAUCGGUCGACAGUCUGCGCGCGCUCCAGGAGAAGCUCGACAGGUGUUGACGCUGAAGAGGGGGACACGUGGCAGAAGAAAUGGUGCACCACAUGGCUAUUUGGGGGGGAGGGGGUCUUGGGGGGUGGACAAAUGGCACUAGGAUAGGAUAGAGAGUUCAGAAUGGAGCUUGAGGACGGUUUCUAAAGAGAACUUGACGUUUGACACUUCGAAAACAAGCUUACAAUCAGUCGAGGACAGGUUUUGAUCAAGGGCAGGUUUUUAAGUCUGGGAUGGGGUUCCGAUCAAGGUCGAUCAGAGGGUGGGGUUUAGGGCAGGUUUGACGAGCAAAGUGAGUGUAAAGUUUGGCGUCAGGAAGUGACACAUCUGUACAUGGUAGUGAUUGCUGCUACAGGUCUUUUGAGAUAGAGUUUCUUGUGAGUUGAAUCCUAGUUCAGAAGCAAGUAUACAUCAAGGGAAAGCAGACGCUUGGACCCUCCUUCAAUCGAGCCUAGCUAGGCACGUAUUGUAUUCUGAGACAUGAAGGAGACUGUUAAUCGGACAUCUGUCCACAAAGGUCGUUUCAUCAAAUUUGUAUCGAGUUGGAAUCAUGUAAUUUGAAUGGACC